AUGCGAGGCGGCCGUACCCAGCACACAGCGAGGUGUGACACUGUUUAUGACAAAGAUGACUACAGGAAUAUUCGUUUUGUGGACAGGGAUAAACUGAUCAAUCCUAACUGGGCCAUCGAGUUGAUAGCGGAGGAUCCUGUGGUUGUGGUCAACAAAUCUCACGUCUGGUCCAACAGCUGCGGAGCCUUGGGUCAUCCUAAGGUCUACAUCAAUCUUGAUAAACCUGAGGUGGGUGUCUGUGGUUACUCCGGGAGAAAAUUUAUCCAGAAGAAAUUUUACGAUGAAAAAGUGCAUGGGCCGAGUAUCACGUAUGAAGAAUACCUGGAACAGAUGAGGGGAGACUCAAGAUAA